CACAGAGGCCACUUGGAGAGAUACCUGCUGCUGUACCAGUUCCUGAUCUUUAGCUCAUUAGAUGGUCAGUUAGCUCCAUCUAGUGGACAGAUAGUAGAACUCCAUCAUCUGAUGGGGGACUUCUCUGACACUGACUGGGUGUGUGAACAGGUUGGACUGGUUCUGACGUCUCUCUGACUCUGAAGUUAUGAACUGUGACGGCGUCUUCAGAUCAAAUGCACAUCGACACCAGGACUGACGAGGGACAAUGAGCAGCUUCUUCUCUCCCAGUGUUUCCUCGACACAUGAAGGAGGAAAGUGUCUGUAAAGUGACCUGAAGAGACUUCAGCAGGUUGGACUGGUUCUGACGUCUCUCUGACUCUGAAGUUAUGAACUGUGACGGCGUCUUCAGAUCAAAUGCACAUCGACACCAGGACUGACGAGGGACAAUGAGCAGCUUCUUCUCUCCCAGUGUUUCCUCGACACAUGAAGGAGGAAAGUGUCUGUAAAGUGACCUGAAGAGACUUCAGCAGGUUGGACUGGUUCUGACGUCUCUCUGACUCUGAAGUUAUGAACUGUGACGGCGUCUUCAGAUCAAAUGCACAUUGACACCAGGACUGACGAGGGACAAUGAGCAGCUUCUUCUCUCCCAGUGUUUCCUCGACACAUGAAGGAGGAAAGUGUCUGUAAAGUGACCUGAAGAGACUUCAGCAGCAGGUGAGGACUCUGCUAUGAGUCAGUGUGAGGACAGAGAGGAGGGAGCCCCUCCCUCUAAAACCACUCUGUGUGGGGACCAUGACAGCCAGACCAAAGCUCAGAGGAUGCAGCAGCAGAAACCUGGACCUGAACCAAGCUGUGUGUCCAUGAAGAGUGACUGGUCUAUGGAUCGUCCUAUUGACUUUAAAGUUGGACAAGCUGUUGAUGAAAGGAUGCAGCAGCAGAAACCUGAACCUGGACCCAGCUGUGUGUCCAUGAAGAGUGACCAGUCUAUGGGCGGCCUUAUUCAGUUUAAAGAUGGACAAGCUGCUGAUGAAAGAGUUCACCAGGAGAGCUCAGAGGGCCUCGGUGGUCAGUCUGCCCUGCAGCAGCAAACAGAUCUGGACUCCAUAUUUAUGCUGUUGGAGGAAAGCAUCGUCACUUUUGUAAAGAACGAGCUGAAGAAGUUUCAGAAGGUUCUGAGUCCAGAUUACCCAGAAUGCUUAGAGAGUCAGAGGAAGGAUGAAGAUGUGUUGGACGGUGAGGAUGAAGAGCAGAAGAGGAGCAGCAGAGAGGCAUUUCUGAAGAUCACACUGCACUUCCUGAGGAGAAUGGAGCAGGAGGAGCUAGCUGAUCGUCUGAAGAGCAAAACUUGUGUUGCAGUAUGCCGCCCUAAAUUCAAGUCCAACCUGGAGAAGAAGUUCCAGUGUGUGUUUGAGGGGAUUGCAAAAGCAGGAAACCCAACCCUUCUGAAUAAGAUGUUCACAGAGAUCUACCUCACAGAUGAAUCGACAGCAGAGGUCAAUGAAGAACAUGAAGUCAGACAGAUUGAAACAGCAUCCAGGAAACCAGCAAACCCAGAAAAAACAAUCAGACAAGAAGACAUCUUUAAAGCCCCACCUGGAAGACAUGAACCAAUCAGAACAGUGAUGACAAAGGGAGUGGCUGGUAUCGGGAAAACAGUCUUAACACAGAAGUUCACUCUGGACUGGGCUGAAGGCAAGGCCAACCAGGACAUCCAUUUCAUAUUUCCAUUCACUUUCAGAGAGCUGAAUGUGCUGAAAGAGAAAAAGUACAGCUUGGUGGAACUUGUUGAUCACUUCUUCAGUGAAACCAAAGAAGUAGGAAUCUGCAGGUUUGAAGAGCAUGUUGUGUUCAUCUUUGACGGUCUGGAUGAGUGUCGACUUCCUCUGGACUUCUACAACACUGAGAUCCUGACUGAUGUUACAGAGUCCACCUCAGUGGAUGUGCUGCUGACAAACCUCAUCAGAGGGAAACUGCUUCCCUCUGCUCGCCUCUGGAUAACCACACGACCUGCAGCAGCCAAUCAGAUCCCUCCUGAGUAUGUUGACAUGGUGACAGAGGUCAGAGGGUUCACUGACCCACAAAAGCAGGAGUACUUCAUGAAGAGAUACAGAGACAAGAAGCAGGCCAGCAGAAUCAUCUCCCACAUCAAUACAUCACAAAGCCUCCACAUCAUGUGCCACAUCCCAGUCUUCUGCUGGAUCACUGCUACAGUUCUGGAGGACGUGUUGAAGACCAGAGAGGGAGGAGAGCUGCCCACGACCCUGACUGAGAUGUACAUCCACUUCCUGGUGGUUCAGUCCAGAUUGAAGAACGUUAAGUAUCAUGGAGGUGCAGAGAUAGAUCCACACUGGAGUCCAGAGACCAGGAAGAUGAUUGAGUCUCUGGGAAAACUGGCUUUUGAGCAGCUUCAGAAAGGCAACCUGAUCUUCUAUGAAUCAGACCUGACAGAGUGUGGCAUCGAUAUCAGAUCAGCCUCAGUGUACUCAGGAGUGUUCACACAGAUCUUUAAAGAGGAGAGAGGACUGUACCAGGACAAGGUGUUCUGCUUCGUCCAUCUGAGUGUUCAGGAGUUCUUGGCUGCUCUUCAUGUUCAUCUGACAUUCAUCAACUCUGGAGUCAACCUGCUGGCAGAAGAAGAAUCAACAUUGUGGUGGUCUGAAGUGUUCAGAGACAAAUCAACACGUUUCUAUCAGAGUGCUGUGGACAAGGCCAUACAGAGUCCAAAUGGACACCUGGACUUGUUCCUCCGCUUCCUCCUGGGUCUUUCACUGCAGACCAAUCAGACUCUCCUACAAGGUCUGAUGACACAGACAGGAAGUAGCUCAAAGACCAAAAACGAAACAGUCAAGUACAUCAAGAAGAAGAUCAGUGAGGAUCUGUCUGCAGAGAGAAGCAUCAAUCUGUUCCACUGUCUGAAUGAACUGAAUGAUGGUUCUCUAGUGGAGGAGAUCCAACAGUCCCUGAGUUCAGGAAGUCUCUCCACAGAUAAACUGUCUCCUGCUCAGUGGUCAGCUCUGGUCUUCAUCUUACUGUCAGCAGAAAAAAAUCUGGAUGUGUUUGACCUGAAGAAAUACUCCGCUUCAGAGGAGGCUCUUCUGAGGCUGCUGCCAGUGGUCAAAGCCUCCAACAAAGCUCUACUGAGUGGCUGUAACCUGUCAGAGAGAAGCUGUGAAGCUCUGUCUUCAGUUCUCAGCUCCCAGUCCUCUAGUCUGAGAGAGCUGGACCUGAGUAAUAACGAGCUGCAGGAUUCAGGAGUGAAGAUGGUGUCUCCUGGACUGAAGAGUCCACACUGCAGACUGGAAACUCUCAGUCUCUCAGGCUGUCUGAUCUCAGAGGAAGGCUGUACUUCUCUGGCCUCAGCUCUGAGCUCUAACCCCUCCCAUCUGAGAGAGCUGGACCUGAGCUACAAUCAUCCAGGAGACUCAGGAGUGAAGCUGCUUUCUACUUUACUGGAGAAUCCAAACUGGAGACUGGACACUCUCAGGGUGGACCAUGGUGGACCGCAGAGACUGAGACCUGGUCUGAGGAAGUAUGUCUGUGAACUGGAACUGGACACAAACACAGUAAACAGAAAACUCAAACUGUCUGACAACAACAGGAAGGUGACACAUGUGGAGGAGGUUCAGUCAUAUCCUGAUCAUCAAGACAGAUUUGACUUCUGGGGUCAGCUGCUGUGUAGAAAUGGUCUGACUGGUCGCUGUUACUGGGAGGUCGAGAGGAGAGGAGUGGUUCAUAUAUCAGUGAGUUGCAGAGGAAUCAGAAGGAAAGGAGACAGUGAUGACUGUUUAUUUGGAAAGAAUGAUCAUUCCUGGAGUCUGUACUGCUCUGAUGAACGUGGUUACUACGUCUGUCACAAUAAGAAACACACAUCCAUCUCCUCCUCCUCUGUCUCUAACAGAGUAGCAGUGUAUGUGGACGUUACUGCUGGCUCUCUGUCCUUCUACACAGUCUCCUCUGACUCACUGAUCCACCUCUACACCUUCAACACCACAUUCACUCAACCUCUUUAUCCUGGGUUUGUGCUCUGGCCUGGUUCCUCAGUGUCUCUGUGUCCUCUGCAGGACUGAGAGUCUCUCCUGUGGACAGAAACACUGACUGAAGAUCAGCUGCUGAAAUCAAAGUUCAGUCUGUUCACCAUCACACACACUCUGCACUGUGAAGCAGAUCUGAGACUCAAACACAAAAACAUUCAUCUGAUUUCAUCUCUGGGAUUAUCAACAUUUGAACUGUUGGACUAAAAACACUUGAUAUGUAACAUUUAAAAAAUAAUCAACUGUUAUUGGUUACUAUUAUGUCCUUUAUAUUUGGAAUCAUAUUGUAAUAUAUUUAAAAUUUGGAAAACAAAUGGUUCUAUAAACAAUCAUCAUAUAGUCUAAUGUUUCUAAAUGCUUUUAAUAAAAUCUAUACGUUUCAUCUUGA